AUGCUGGAGCACCGUAUGUCACCGGCUGCAGGUCAAUCCGGUGCCCCCGUUAUCAUGAAGUUCCAAUGCUACGACAUGGGAUUAGUGCCGGAUGCAGUCAUUGCUACACAUUGCAGCGGCGGUCCUUGCAACAAUCAUGCUUGUGUCAUCAGCGGACCGUAUGGCAACGAUUACAUGACACUGCUGGGUGGUCUCUCAAAGAACGGGAGUCCCUUCAUUACCUUAUGGAACUCAGCCUUUGAAGAUUUUCCACGAGGAAUCCUCAUCGUCAUCCUUGUCGGUUUUCAAGGCAGGAUGUGGAGGGGACGGAGUUCUAAAGGGACGAAUCGCCCUGAUCCUGUAUGGGGGAACUCGCCGGGAGCUGCGAGUUAUCUUGCUGUUCCCCGGCCUCCAUCUCAGCAAGACGGGCCUCUUCAGCUUUCUUCUCCUCAGCAAGGCGAGCAGGACGAGGAGGCGGUGUGGCUGCGACGGGGGCUAGUUGCUGUUGACAGCGCUAUCUAG